CGAUUUUCAACAUGUUUUCAAGCAAAUAAUACAGCUUGGAAAACAUUCAAGUAUCGGCUGCGGCGUCGAACACUUCCAAAUAAUUGGAUGUCAACAAAACGGACUGGAAAAAAAGUACAAAGUACAAUGCCAAAUGUGUAAUCACGUUGAGUGCGUAUCGUGCCUUCAGAACAGUGAUAACACAAUGCAUAUCAACCACAGCGCUGUUUCCGGUACAAUGAUGACAGGCGGCGGAUACAAUCAACUGGAGGAAAUACUUUCUGGCAUGAACGUGUCGUGCAUGAGCAAGAGAAUGUACGAAAAAUGCCAAGAUGAAAUAAUCGAUGCGUUCGAAUUGGCUGCGCAACGGGAAAUAGAAGUAGAAAAAGAGCUAGCCAUAGCAAGAGGCGAUAUACUACCAGGUUGUAAUAUACCAUGGAUUCCAGUUGUCGCAGAUGGCAGCUGGAUGAAGAGAUCAUACCGUGGAGGUGAUUACAACUCUCUUUCUGGUGUAGGAGCCAUCGUGGGAUACCACACUAAAAAGGUGCUCUACAUCAAUGUCAAGAAUAAAUUCUGCAUAAUUUGCCAAACCGCAGCCAAGAAGAAGGAACAGGCACGGCAGCAUCGUUGCUUCAAAAAUUGGGGUCGUAACCAGAAUUCAACUGGUAUGGAAAGUGCUGCUAUUGUAGACGGAUUUAAAUCCAGCAUAGAAAUGCACGGUCUGAUAUAUUCAAUAUUAGUUGCCGAUGGAGAUAGCAGUGUGUAUAAAAAGAUAUUGGACAAUGAUCCAUACAAAGAGUAUAUGGUACAUGUACGCAAAAUUGAAUGCACCAAUCACCUGCUACGCAACUUUAGUAGAAAAAUAAAUGAGAUCGCCACAAAAGGUCGGUUCAAGGAACUACGAGCUAUUGUAAAAGAGAAUGCCCUUCGCCUACGCACUGGUGUAAAAAAAGCAGCAGAAUACCGAUUCAAAGAGAAAGUAACACUCGCUGAUCAAAUAAAAAAUUUAAAAACAGACAUGAAAAAUGUAGCGAGCCAUGUUUUCGGUGAACAUCAGGAGUGUCAAAGAUUAGCAUACUUCUGCAAGAAAUACUCUGACCCGAACAGAGUGAACUAUGUUCCACAAUUGAAAGAAUGCGGUAUUUAUCAAAGCAUUGAAGAAGCGAUGCAACCGCUCUUUCCACAAGCUGAAAGCUUGUUAUAUGGUUUAAAUAAUAAUGCAGUGGAAAGUUUCAAUAACGUAAUUGCGAAAUUCAUCGGAGGUAAAAGAAUAAACUUUGGACGCAAGGGCUCGUAUCAGGGUAGAGUCUCUGCUGCUGUCCUUCAUUUCAAUUCAAGAGAGUCGUUCAGCCGAUUGAGUACUGCUAUGAAUAAGGAACCGACAACCAUCGUACAAAAUAUGGAACAACGACGUAAGCAUGCAUCGGAAAUGGCAGCGAAAUAUAAGCAAAAAGCCAAAUCUUCUCGAUACGAAAAGCAAUCGUGCGACAAAGAUUACGGUCCCACGGCAGAAAAACCAGAUAUGGAAGAAGCAGUAUUCUCUUCUGAGUGUGAGAGGCACAUGCUUACACUCCUUCAGUGGCAAACGAUGCGAGAUAACAUUGAAGCAGAAACUCGGGAUCAGGCAAAGAGCGAAAAAUGGAUAGCCUACCGUAAAAAAUUAUUAACAGCAUCGCAUUUCGGCAAGGUAUGCCGAUUGAGGAAGAAUACACCAAGAGGAAAUACGAUAAAGAGUAUAAUGUACCCGCAAAUUCAAUAUUUGCGUUCCCUUGAAUACGGAAGAGAGAACGAGGCAAAUGCCUUGAGACAACUGGAAACGGAACUGGGAAUCCAUAUUCUACCGUGUGGUUUAUUCAUCGAUGCCGUUGUGCCUUAUUUAGGUGCAACUCCUGACGGCCUCGUGGACGAUGAUACUAUCGUCGAAGUGAAAUGCCCUGAAUCGGCAAAGGAUUUAUCGCCUGCUGAAGCAAUACAGCAGUUACCUACGAUACGGCGUAUCUUUCAAGGUGAUGAGAUGAAUAAAAUUCAUCACUAUUAUUAUCAAAUCCAAGGACAAUUGCACAUAGCGAAUAGGCAAACUGCUUUAUUCUGUUUAUGGACAAAAAAAGGAAUGAAAAUUACAAAAAUACAAAGAGACGACAGAUUCUGGGCAACAGAAAUGGAGCAAAAACUGAAAAGGUUUUAUGAAGACUCCAUGUUGCCAGAAAUUAUAGAUAGUAGAUUUAAUCGGCAGCAACCGAUUAGAGAGCCUGCAUACAUAAAACAGAGCAACAAUACAUGUAGCAGUACACAAGAAAGUACAUGUGACGAUGCACAUAAAAAUCAGAAUUGCACCGACGAGUGCACACAGUUCAUAUGAUGAAAUGUAUAUUAAACGAUUGCAAUCUAAGGUCGCAAUGCACCUGCGGGUGCACACAGCUCAUAUGAUGAGCUGUUCUAUAGUCUAUUGCGACUGCACCGUCGAGUACCCACAGCUCAUAUGAUGAGCUGUUCUACAGUCUAUUGAGACUACACUCGGCGGUGCACACACCACACACGAUGAGGUGUAUACUAAACAAUUGCAAUCUAAGGUCGCAAUGCACCUGCGGGUGCACACAGCUCAUAUGAUGAGCUGUUCUAUAGUCUAUUGCGACUGCACCGUCGAGUACCCACAGCUCAUAUGAUGAGCUGUUCUACAGUCUAUUGAGACUACACUCGGCGGUGCACACACCACACACGAUGAGGUGUAUAAUAAUAUCUUUGAUGGGGGUGGUGGUGGAUCUCUUCACACUCUCCUAUUAAUUUUUACUUUCAGCUACUUGUUUCUUUUAUCGGAAGGGAAAACAAUUUAUAAUCUGGGAGGAAACGGGAACACACGUGUAUAAAAAGGAGGUCCGCAAUAUGUAUUUAUUUAUUUAGUAGUAAAGGAUUACAAUCGAAGAUCGCAAUUGCACCUGUGAGUGUACACAGCCCAUAUGAAGAGCUGUCCAAUAACGUUCAAAGGCGUAAGUAUACAAAUGCACAAAAGUACAGAUGUGGAGAGUGAAGAGGACCGUCUUUGACGGGGGUGGUGGUGGGUCUCUUCACACUCUCCUAUUAAUUUUUAUAUGGAACAACGACGUAAGCAUACAUCGGAAAUGGCAGCGAAAUAUAAGCAAAAAGCGUACUUACCUUUUUAUACACGUGUGUUCCCGUUUCCUCCCAGAUUAUAAAGUACAGAUGUGGAGA